CCACAAAAAAAGCACUGGUGCAGUCUGGGUUGGGUCUGUCUUACUCGCUGCUUUACUGGUAGUGUUCUCUGUGUACAUGGUACAGUGAUACCCUGUACAUUUUCACCUCACUUUGCGCACAAGGAGAGCCCAUGUCUUUCCUAUAGACAUGAUGAGCUUUGUGUAUUCAAGGAUUUGCCUUUUUCUGGUUGUCUCUGUGACUCAAGUUUUGUUUGUGAAAUGCCAGGAUGGAAACAGUGGAGAUGACUUGGGCUGCACGGUUGAUGGCCAGGUGUACACCAACCGAGACAUUUGGAAACCGGAGCCAUGUCGGAUCUGCGUGUGCGACAACGGCGCCGUCCUGUGCGACGAGAUCCAGUGCGAUGAGCUCUCCAACUGUGAGAAAGUGAUCAUCCCCGAGGGCGAGUGCUGUCCCAUCUGCCAGAGCGAGGGCAGCACAGACACCAGUGGCAAUGGCAGACCUGAUGUUGGCAGAGUCUACAGGGGUCAGAAAGGAGAACCUGGAGAUGUACCACAGGUGACUGGGAUCAGAGGUCGUCCUGGGCCUAUGGGGCCUCCCGGAUCUCCAGGAUUCAGAGGGGACCGAGGCCAGAAAGGAAGACCUGGGCUGCGUGGACAAGCAGGAUAUGACGGAGAGCCUGGUGUGCCUGGAAACCCAGGAGAACCAGGGCCUGCAGGAAACCAGGGACCACCAGGAGGACUGGGAGCUCAGAUGGCUGGAGGGUUUGGGGAUGAGAAAUCAGCCGGCCAAAUGGCAAUGAUGCCAGGAACUAGGGGAGAGGCAGGAGCAAGAGGACCUCCUGGGCCAAAUGGAAACCCUGGCCAUUCUGGACCGCAAGGACCCCAUGGGGAAGUUGGUGAUCCAGGUCACAUGGGUCAAUCUGGACAAAGGGGACCUGAAGGGCCACCAGGAAAGCCGGGUGAAGACGGAGAAGCAGGGAAAGCUGGAAAUUCAGGAGAGAUGGGAUUCCCUGGAUCAGCAGGAGCUAGAGGAUUUCCAGGGACACCUGGGCCUCCGGGAUUGAAAGGCCAUAGAGGUCACUCAGGUCCAAUGGGUUUAAGAGGAGAAACUGGAAGUGUCGGAUCCAAGGGUGCAUUAGGCCCCACUGGUCCGAUUGGCACACCUGGCCCUAUGGGCCCUAGAGGCAUGCCUGGGGAGAGAGGUCGCUUAGGAGCUAAUGGAAUACCGGGUAUGAAAGGUCCUCCUGGGAACAUUGGCAAACCAGGUCCGAUGGGUCCAUUAGGUAUCAAUGGUCCGCCAGGAUAUCCAGGAAUUCCAGGAAUGAAGGGCCAACCGGGUGCCACAGGAGUGCGGGGCCCCGAGGGGCAACAGGGCCAGAGGGGUGAGACAGGACACCAAGGCAGGGCAGGGGCAAUUGGCCUACAAGGUCCUUCAGGAACUGACGGUGGCCCAGGUACUAAGGGUCCAGUGGGUACCAUGGGUGUGCAGGGUCCCGGAGGUCACCUCGGACCCCACGGACCACCCGGACCUCAGGGAAGCACUGGACAGCCUGGGAUCAAAGGUCAACUGGGAGAUGUUGGUGUUCCUGGGUACAAAGGAGAGGGCGGACCCAAAGGAGAACCUGGUCCCUCUGGUUCCCAAGGAGUGAUUGGGCCCCAGGGUGAGGAGGGAAAAAGAGGAAAUCGUGGUGACUCUGGUUCAUUAGGACCACUGGGUCCUGUUGGUGAGAGGGGGUCACCUGGUAACCGAGGUUUUCCCGGUGCUGAUGGAUUACCUGGACCGAAGGGUGCUCAAGGAGAUCGUGGACCAUCUGGCAUAUCUGGGCCUAAAGGUUCAGGAGGCGAUCCAGGGCGCACUGGCGAACCAGGCCUCCCAGGCGCAAGGGGUCUGACUGGUACCCCAGGAGUCCAGGGAGCGGAGGGCAAGCCAGGACCACUGGGCCCAGCAGGAGAAGAUGGCCGCCCAGGACCAGCAGGAUCUAUUGGAACCAGAGGUCCUGCAGGAACCAUGGGAACACCUGGACCAAAGGGCUUUAACGGAGAUCCAGGGAAGACAGGUGAACAAGGAUCUCCAGGAGUGGCAGGACAAAGAGGUCCUCCUGGGAAAGAUGGGGAGGUUGGCCCUGCAGGUCCCGCUGGACCUCUGGGUGUUGCUGGUGACAGAGGAGAACAGGGACCUCCCGGUGUGAACGGCUUCCAGGGAUUACCUGGACCACCAGGCCCCCCUGGAGAGUCAGGAAAACCAGGUGAUCUGGGUAUCCCCGGAGAAGGAGGUGCUGUGGGUCAAAUUGGACCAAGGGGAGAACGUGGAAUCCCAGGAGAGAGAGGAGAACUCGGACCUCACGGUUUAGCUGGACCCAAAGGAAUCCCCGGAGCACCAGGACCCGAUGGACCAAAGGGUAGUCCUGGACCUCACGGUGGACUUGGUGACCUAGGACCUCCUGGUCUUCAGGGGAUGCCUGGUGAGAGAGGGAUCUCUGGUCCUCCUGGGCCUAAAGGUGACAGAGGAACAAGUGGAGAGAAGGGAUCAGAAGGUACACCUGGAAACGAUGGCGCAAGAGGUCUUCCUGGUCCUCUCGGCCCACCCGGACCCCAUGGACCCAGCGGUGAAAAGGGAGAAGCUGGACCUAAAGGCCCUCCUGGACCUCAUGGAUCAAGAGCGAUGCCUGGAAACCGUGGUGAACCUGGUCCUAUUGGUCCUGUUGGGUUUGGUGGGCCACCCGGUCCUGAUGGUCAACCAGGAGUCAAGGGGGAGCCCGGAGAGCCAGGUCAGAAGGGUGACGCUGGUUCUCCAGGGCCUCAGGGCUUAUCUGGAUCCCACGGACCUCCUGGUAUUGUUGGUGUGGCUGGACUGAAGGGCGGAAGAGGAACCCAGGGUGCACCUGGCCCCACUGGUUUCCCUGGAUCUGCAGGCAGGGUUGGACCACCAGGCUCAACUGGUCCCAUUGGAGAGGCCGGACCCCUUGGUCCCCCUGGGAAGGAGGGUCCUCCUGGCCUUCGUGGAGAGAACGGAUCCCCUGGAAGACAAGGAGAAAGAGGCCCCCCAGGACCAGCUGGAGGCCCAGGAGACAAGGGAGACUCUGGGGAGGACGGACCCACGGGUCCUGAUGGGCCUCCAGGUCCCGCCGGAACAACAGGACAGAGAGGCAUUGUGGGUCUUCCUGGUCAGAGGGGAGAGCGUGGAAUGCUGGGACUUCCAGGACCAGCGGGUCCUCCAGGGAAACAGGGGACUGCAGGACCUGGGGGAGACAAAGGUCCCCCUGGCCCGGUCGGUUCUCCUGGUGCCAACGGACCCCGUGGCGAUCCUGGUCCCGAUGGUCAUGCUGGAUCUGAUGGACCACCAGGCAAAGCUGGAGUCAUUGGUCAAAGGGGAGAGAGAGGGGACCAUGGUCCAGAGGGACUGAUCGGGACCCCGGGACAACCCGGAACUCCGGGUCCAGUUGGUGCCACCGGUGGUUCUGGAAAGAGAGGAGACGCUGGUUCCAGAGGACCAAAUGGUCCCCCCGGUUCAACAGGAAAGAGAGGGUUAACGGGACCACAAGGACCCAGAGGUGAUAAGGGUGACCUGGGAGACCACGGAGAUAGAGGACAGAAGGGACACCGGGGAUUCACCGGUUUACAAGGUUUACCCGGACCACCGGGUACAACAGGAGAGCAGGGAGCAUCAGGAAUCAUCGGACCGAGUGGACAGAGAGGACCCUCUGGACCAGUUGGACCCCCAGGAAAAGAAGGGUACAUCGGCCAGCCUGGACCAAUGGGACCUCCUGGAACACGUGGAAUUAGCGGCGAAAUCGGACCUGAGGGACCUCCUGGAGAGCCAGGCCCCACUGGUCUCCCCGGCCCUCCCGGCCCCCCCACAGCUGCCAUGGAUGACCUGUUUGGCGCCAUGCAAGACUACGAUGACGGCCCCCCUCCCCCUCCCGAGUUCAAUGAGGAUGAGGCUUUGCCCAACAGCAAUGCCACCCAGCAGCUGGACCCAGGUGUCCAGGCCACUCUGAAGGCCCUCAGCAGCCAGAUCGACAGCAUGAAAAGUCCCGACGGCAGCAGGAAGCACCCGGCUAGGACCUGUGAGGACUUGAAGCAGUGCUACCCACUGAAGAAGAGCGGUGAAUACUGGGUCGAUCCAAACCAAGGAAGCUCAGAGGAUGCUAUCAAAGUACAUUGUAAUAUGGAGACGGGAGAGACUUGCAUCUCAGCCAAUCCCGCCAGCAUACCUCGCAAAGUGUGGUGGAGCACCUCAAGGAAUAAGCCUGUGUGGUUUGGAGCGGACAUCAAUAGAGGACAGCAAUUCACCUAUGGUAACAAAGACCAGCCGGCCAACUCUGUCACGGUUCAGAUGACGUUCAUUCGUCUGCUUUCCAAAGAGGCUUCCCAGACCAUCACCUACCACUGCAAGAACACAGUGGGCUACAAGGAUGAGGCGACUGGGAACCUGAAGAAAGCUGUCAUCCUCAAGGGGUCCAAUGACCUGGAGCUCAAAGCAGAGGGAAACAGCCGCUUCAGAUACACCGUGGUGGAGGACAGUUGUGGACAAUCCAAUGGUAACUGGGGCAAGACCGUGUUUGAGUACAGGACACAGAAAACAGCCAGACUUCCCAUCAUGGAUAUGGCCCCUGUGGACAUUGGUGGUUCCGAUCAGGAGUUUGGUAUCGAUAUUGGCCCUGUUUGCUUCCUUUAAAUUACAACAACAACAGGGACACAUUGAAGACAAUCCUGAGACUCUUGAACUAUCAGCUGACGCGAUCAGCCUUGUACAUACAAGUACUGCGGACUAUUCUCGCCUCAUGGCAAGAUAUUUAUUGUGCCUUUCCAACCAUUCCCCAUCGUAGUUGAUAUGUUUUCGCCCUGUGUAUGUUAGAUGAAUGUUUGGGGGAAACAAAGAUCAAGUAAGCAACAUUUAGAAACUUUGCUUGAAUUUGACAAAUACAUUAUGUAAGGGAUAAUCAAUGAGGGGCUAUGGGUUCUCUGGAAAAUAAUGAACAACGUGGAAGGUGUGUUCCAUGAUGGUCUAGCAGAGUGGAACUAGCCUUCCUCUGAGUUGCAUAUAGCUCAGAAUUGAUUAUCCCUAUUAUACCAAGGCUAUAAUUUAAACACAUUUACCUCUUGAAAUGUGUUCAUUUGCAGGUAGAAAUGUGUUCAACAUCCACUGAAGUAGCCAGAAAGUUUACUAGACAGCUACAGUAGUUGCCUUGGUAACCAAACAAAUAGACCUGCUAGUUUAGCUAAUCAACUAGCUUGUUAUUAUGAAAAUCGAAUUCAACAAUGCCAAUAGUUUUUUCAAUUAGACUUUUGCUUUCAAAACCAGCUCAAACAUAGAACAUGUAAGAAUGAACUAAAGCCUUUGAGUUCAACCGUGCUGAUAUACCGUGCAUAUAGAGAAAUAAUGCUUGCUCUAGAAUGCCCUUCAAGCCAAUUAGAAAUUAGUAUUCAGAAAUUAUAUUUAAUCUAUAAAGGUACAAAGAUCCAAUCCAUUGAUACUCUAUUUGAUGUUAUGCAUAAAAGAUGAAAAGCUGCCGUAUGUCCUUGAUAAAUAUGAAUACUUAAAAAUAUAUAUAUAGUCAAUAACUGCUGUUUGUAAGAUGAGAACACCAUUCUACAUAAUUAAGCAAUAAGGCACGGGGGGGUGUGGUAUAUGGCCUAUAUACCACGGCUAAGGGCUGUUCUUGGCAGUACGCCCCAAGGUGCCUUAUUGCUAUUAGAAACUGGUUUCCAAACUUAUUAGAGCAGUAAAAAGAAAUGCUUUGUUAUACCCGUGGUAUACGAUCUGAUAGCAAUCAGCAUUCAGGGCUCAAACCACCCAGUUUAUUAAAUAAUGUAACUACAAUGGUUUAUUCCACCACUAAGAUCUCCUAAGCUCUUAAUGUUUUACAUCAUUUCUUUCAUUUAUGUUUAUACCACAACAGUUUUCAAUGUAAAAUGAACGUUUAUGGUGCUAUUGAGGAAAUUACAUUGUUAUUUUUUUCCAGAACUGAAAAACAGUUUGAAAUAACUGAUUUCUGUAUCCAAGUUAUCCUAGCUCUGAACUGACUCCAUUGAAUCCAAAUUAAAGAUCCAAACAGACUGUUGAUUCCUCAGUGUUAGAUACCAGUGGAUUUCUCAGUGUUAGCUACCUGUCGAUUCCUCAGUGUUAGCUACCUCGUCUCCACAAACUGGGAUGCCAUGAUUAUGUGUAACCCUGUUCACAGUUUUGGUGCUGUCUGUAAGUGUUCCCCUCCCAUAUACAGUACAGGGGAGGGUUAGAGACUACCAAUAAAGAUGGAGAGGUGGAAUCAAUGUCUCAUACACAGUGUGUGGUGAUUGUCUUUUUAAAUAAUUGCUUUAAUUUUCAAUUAGCCCUGGUCAUUUUAACACUUUGAGUGAGCUAUGUUUGUAAUUCCUGAUCUUUUUUUUUUUUUACAUAUUAUCUUUUAAAUCGUGAUCAUUUUAACACUACGAAUGUGUUAUAUUUUUAAUAUAUGAUCAUUUUAACACUACAAGUGUGUUGUUGUUUUUUCUGCAUGUCGGUCAACCCUUUAAGUCACAUUCUCUUAGUUUUAUAGAAACUUUUUGAGACGAAGCCUAUUUGCUUCAUGUAUUUUUUGCUAUGCAACAAAUUAAACAAAACGCUUGUCUAUCCCCAAAGUUCUUUUUUUUGUCAUAUUAAUUAGCUAAGGUUCUCCUUUUUAGGGAAAAGCUGAGCAUUUCAUUACUAAGCAAUUUGUUUCCACAGAUAAAUAUAUAAAUAUUUCCAGGAAAUAUUGGCGUAGGUAAAAGACAUAUUACAUGUGAAUUGAACAUGUAUUUAGCUUUGUAAUUAUACAGGUAUUAUGUCCAUUGUGAUGUUGAUUUAUGUCUCUCUUUAGUUAAGCUUUUCUUAAAUCAACUUUCUAAUUCCUUUGUUUGAGGACACUUUCCAUAAUGAUAGUAUUUAUUAAAUAUUUCCAAACUGUAAAUAUUCUGGUGGCAGAUUGGUCUGAUUGCUUAUGACCAUCUCAGAGGCAGAUCAAUAGGAUAUUCUAUCCCGGAACCAAGUCAGUUUCAUCCACUGAAAUAAAUAUUGAAAAGAU